ACCGGAAACUAAAGCCUGAAUGACAGACGGAGGCUGGGGCAGAAACGCUCAUCCAAACACAACCCGGCUGGGUUUGUACUUUAAACAUUUAAACAUCUGUAGGACGAGCUAAAGUCCUGAAUGACAGACGGAGGCUGAGGUAGAAACACUCUUCUACAAACACAACCCGGCUGGCUCUGUACCUUAAACAUCUGCAGGCCGAGAUAAAGUGUCUUUGGCAGGUCUCGGGGUAGUUCGUACGUGGAGUGCCCCGCUCCAUCAACGCGAGGAGAGGUGACCAUUAGUGACCGUUACCGACCGUUACCGUUAACCCCGGUGGGUUCCGUUACCGUGAGCGUUAACUCCGGUGGGUUCCGUUGACCGGUUAGUACUCUUACUCAUCCCAGAGAGCCGGCCAAACCUGCGGAGGAGUACUGAUCUCCUACAUCUGGUUGCUGAGCUGUGUGGUGAAGUGACUUCGCAAUGCGUGAAUACAAGCUGGUUGUGUUGGGCUCCGGAGGGGUGGGCAAGUCUGCACUGACGGUACAGUUUGUCCAGGGAAUCUUCGUGGAGAAGUAUGACCCUACAAUAGAAGACUCCUACAGAAAGCAAGUGGAAGUAGAUGGACAGCAGUGCAUGCUGGAAAUCCUGGACACGGCAGGCACGGAGCAGUUUACAGCGAUGAGAGACCUGUACAUGAAAAACGGACAAGGAUUUGCUCUCGUGUACUCCAUCACAGCACAGUCCACCUUCAACGACCUGCAGGACCUCCGGGAGCAGAUCCUGCGUGUGAAGGACACAGAGGACGUGCCGAUGAUCCUGGUUGGGAAUAAGUGUGAUCUGGAGGACGAGCGUGUUGUAGGGAAGGAGCAGGGCCAGAACCUGGCCCGCCAGUGGAACCACUGCGCUUUCCUAGAAUCCUCGGCAAAGUCGAAGAUCAACGUGCUCGACAUCUUUUAUGACUUGGUCAGACAGAUAAAUAGAAAAACGCCCGUGGAAAAGAAGGCGGCGAAAAAGAAAUCCAACUGUGUGCUCCUGUAGAGGUCUCAUCCUUACAGCAGCUCUGCGCAAGAUUGCUGUAAUGAAGAACUGCAACCCCAUGUGGAGUGUACCAGCAAUGCCAUCCUCAGUGAGUGAAGCUAUGGAUCAGAUGACUUUUAUGGAGUUGAAGAAAGCCAGAACAGACACACACACACACACACACACACACACACACACACACAGAGAGAAAGAGGGAGAGAGAGAGAGAGAGAGAGAGAGAGAGAGAGAGAGAAAGAAAGAAAAGAGGACUGUCGUCUGUUUGAUUCCAGAAAAUCUGAGGAGAAAGCUUCAUUUACCUGAGCCUGAGUAGAACUAUUCAGUAUUGCUCAGGAACGUUAAGUAAAAUAUCAACCAUAAAACCAAGCAAAAACUUAAAGAAUCUUUCAUUCAGAGAACCACGGGACAAUUAAAUCACACAAACGUCCAGCAGCUUUGGAGUCAAAUUUUUUCAAAGUUCUUUACAAAAGGGAAUGUAAAAGGACAAUUUUUGAAUCCUACAGCAUCCUCAUGAGGACUGAAAAGGGACUUUUAGAGAAAUGAGACUGUUACAGAAGCCUGUACUUUGGUACCACAGCUUUUCUGCUGUGAACUGAAAAUGAAAAAUAAUUUCUUGGUUCCAUUUGAGCUCACAACUUUGCAGUGAUGCCAUAUCCUGUUCUAGAGAGAGGAAAUAAGUAUCUGAUUAAUCAGUAUUUAUCUCCAGUACAUCUUAUUUGAGCAAAAUGGAGACAACAAUUUGAUUGAUUAUAGGUACCCUAAUGAAAAACAGCACGAUCACACCAUUUCGAGUGUAGAUGUUGUAAAUGAAAGUGUUCUCACUUAAAGGUUGCACUCCAUUCUUAACACCAAUUGUGUGAAUGUUUUAUAGACUGAAGUUCAUUAGCUGCAUAUAAAUAAUAUUUCCCACAUACAUCGUGCAUGGAUGUUUUGAGCUAGAUUCUCACCACUAACCUCAUCAUUUUGUACUUGGUCACAUGGCUUUUGUAGUACCCAUAACGUAUUCUAAUACCAAUUCUAAUUUGUUUAAACACAUGUAAGAUUAUGGGCCUUUUUAUAGUGGGACCGGUAGGUAAAAUGCAGAAUGGUUUCUAGGUUCUUGAGGUUUAACUAUAUUGUACUAUAUCUCCUCUACUGCUUGUAGUGUGUUUUGUCAAAAGAUGUUCUGGCUUAUAUGGUUGAUUAAAUUUUACUAUGUUUUCAUUAUA